AUGCGUAGAUCUUUACAAUUAAAUGAAAAAGAAACUCUACCUUUGAAUCAUACUUCCAAGAUCAUACCACGAGAGCCUAGAAUACUUGGCCUCACGCGGAAACAAUUAUCACUACUUAUACUUGUUAUUCAAAAUGCUUCAUUGGUAUUGAUGAUGCGAUGUUCACGAAUUCGUCAAAACCCUGGGGAAAACAUGUAUAUAGUGUCGACUGCUGUAUAUCUUGCUGAGGUUGUAAAAAUUAUAGCAUGCCUUGCAGUAAUUUUAUAUCAAAAGAAAUCUUUUAUUUCUCCAAAAGUUGUUGCUGGUGCUCACACCAGCUUAACCGAAAUUGAUCAACCAUCAAUGAAUAAUACUGAUAUUGAAAAAGAUUCAACGCCUCCUUCACCUGCUCAAAUACUUUUGGCUGCUCAAAAUCCAAUAAUCGGUUUAAUUGCUGUUAUUACUUCAUGUGUAUCAUCAGGAUUUGCCGGUUGCUACUUUGAAAAAAUUUUAAAAACUUCUGAAACUAGUAUGUGGAUUAGAAAUAUCCAGCUUGCAAUCACUGCAUCAGCCAAAAAAAUAAUGUCACUUCGUGAUCCUACAAAAAAAAUGUCCAAAUCAGAUUUAUUAGAUCAAUCACGGAUCAAUUUAAAUGAUUCAGCUACAACAAUUUCCUCAAAGAUUAGAAAAUCUGUUACAGAUACCACACAAGGAAUAACAUUCGAACCAACAACUAGACCUGGCAUAUCCAAUCUUGUAAGUAUUUUUGCUGCAAUAAAAGGAUCAAGUGUAGAACAAAUUGUUGAAGAAUUUAGAACAAGUGACACCAAAACAUUUAAAGAUGCUUUAGCCGACACAUUGAUCGAAAGAUUAGUUCCAAUUCAAAAAGAGAUUGAACAUUUAAAACUUGAUGAAAGUUACAUCCAACAGGUAUUGAAAGAUGGAGCUGACAGAGCUUUCGAAAUUGCAGAAAAAAAUAAAAAAGAAAUCUAUAGACAU